CUGUGGGGUAAGAAACUUGGCCUAACUGAGGGUGGGCUUACGCGGGGAUGGUCAGCCCUCUGCUCAGCCUGCGAAAGGCUAAUCCGAGAGAACUGUAGAAGAGGACGGUAGGAGCGUUUAGGUUUUAAUACUUUACGCGCUGAGGAAGCCUCCUUCACGUUUCGGGGCAUCCGGCAUCUUGAGGACACGAUGGAAGAAUCAUCACUAAGCCGGGCACCAUCCCGGGGUGGAGUCAGCUUCCUGAACGUGGCCCGGACCUACGUCCCCAACACCAAGGUGGAAUGUCACUACACUCUGCCUCCGGGCACCACGCCCAGCGCCAGCGACUGGAUUGGCAUUUUUAAGGUGGAAGCUGCCUGUGUUCGGGAUUAUCACACAUUUGUGUGGUCUUCAGUGCCAGAAACUACAACGGAUGGCUCCCCCACCCACGCCAGUGUCCAAUUCCAAGCCAGCUACCUGCCCAAACCAGGAGCCCAACUCUACCAGUUCCGGUAUGUGAACCGCCAGGGCCGGGUGUGUGGGCAGAGCCCCCCAUUCCAGUUCCGAGAGCCAAGGCCCAUGGAUGAGCUGGUGACCCUGGAGGAGGCUGAUGGAGGCUCUGACAUCCUGUUGGUUGUCCCUAAGGCCACCGUGCUUCAGAACCAGCUGGAUGAGAGCCAGCAGGAGCGGAAUGACCUGAUGCAGCUGAAGCUGCAGUUGGAGGAUCAGGUGACAGAGCUGAGGAGCCGAGUGCAGGAGCUGGAAGCAGCUCUGGCCACGGCCAGACAGGAGCAUUCAGAGCUCACCGAGCAAUACAAGGGUCUCUCCCGGUCCCAUGGGGAGCUCUCAGAAGAAAGGGACAUCCUGAGCCAGCAACAGGGAGAGCAUGUGGCCCGUAUCCUGGAGUUAGAGGAUGACAUCCAGACCAUGAGUGACAAAGUGCUGAUGAAGGAGGUGGAGCUGGACAGGGUUAGAGACAUGGUGAAGGCCCUGACACGGGAACAAGAGAAACUCCUGGGGCAGCUGAAGGAAUUCCAGGCAGACAAGGAGCAGAGUGAGGCUGAGUUACAAACGGUGCGAGAGGAGAACUGCCACUUAAAUACAGAGCUGCAGGAGGCCAAGGGCCGGCAAGAAGAGCAAGGUGCUCAGGUCCAGCGACUGAAGGACAAGGUGGCCCACAUGAAGGACACCCUGGGCCAAACCCAGCAGAAAGUGGCCGAGCUGGAGCCUCUGAAAGAGCAGCUCCGAGGGGUCCAGGAACUUGCAGCCUCAAGCCAACAGAAAGCGGCCCUUCUUGGGGAGGAGUUGGCCAGUGCAGCAGGAGCUAGAGACCGAACCAUAGCUGAGCUACACCGCAGCCGACUGGAGGUGGCUGAAGUCAAUGGCCGACUGGCUGAGCUCAGCCUGCACAUGAAGGAGGAAAAAUGCCAAUGGAGCAAGGAGCGGACAGGGCUGCUGCAGAGCAUGGAGGCUGAGAAGGAUAAGAUCCUGAAGCUAAGUGCAGAGAUCCUCCGACUGGAGAAGACAGUGCAGGAGGAGAGGAGCCAGAGCCACAUGUUCAAGACCGAGCUGGCCCGAGAAAAGGAUUCUAGCCUGGUGCAGUUAUCAGAGAGUAAGCGGGAGCUCACAGAGCUGCGGUCAGCCCUCCGAGUACUUCAGAAGGAGAAGGAGCAGUUGCAGACAGAGAAACAGGAGCUGCUGGAGUACAUGAGGAAACUGGAGGCCCGCCUGGAAAAGGUGGCAGAUGAGAAGUGGAACGAAGACGCUGCCACAGAGGAUGAGGAAGCCACUGCUGGGCUGAGCUGCCCUGCAGCUCUGACAGACUCGGAGGAUGAGUCCCCAGAAGACAUGAGGCUCCCCUCCUACGGCUUGUGUGAGCGUGGAAACACAAGCUCCUCUCCUCCUGGACCUCGGGAGUCUUCUUCUCUUGUUGUUAUCAACCAGCCAGCACCCAUUGCUCCCCAGCUCUCAGGGCCAGGGGAGGCCAGCAGCUCAGACUCAGAGGCUGAAGAUGAGAAGUCAGUCUUGAUGGCAGCUGUGCAGAGUGGUGGUGAGGAAGCCAACCUUCUGCUUCCUGAGCUCGGCAGUACCUUCUAUGAUGUGGCCAGCUUCAUCUUCCGUGGAGCCCAAAUUGCCCUGCUUCCCCUCUCUCCUGCCCCUUCCCCCUCCCCAACCACCAGUGGCUUUGCAGUGAGUUCUCUGUCAGAGGCCAGCACUGGGGUCCCAGCCAUCCCUGCCUGGAAGGAGUGUCCUAUCUGUAAGGAGCGCUUCCCUGCUGAGAGUGACAAGGAUGCCCUGGAGGACCACAUGGAUGGACAUUUCUUUUUCAGCACCCAGGACCCUUUCACCUUUGAGUGAUCUCACCCUUCCCUCGUAUGUAGACACACGUACACACAGACAGUUAUGCAGUUUGGUCUCAUACCUUUUUUUUUAAUCACACCAGGCUUUAUAACGUUCUGUUUCUACAGACCAUGCCUGCAUCCCGCUUUCAUCCCAAGCCUUACAACUCUGUCUCCAUCCUGAUCUCUUUGUUCCAGGCAGCAAUCUGUCUUGGAAACCCAGUGACUGAGUUUACUCUCUGAAAAAUAGUUCAGAGGAGCCGGGAUGGAGAUGGCUUUUCCCUUGUGGGAGUAGAAUUAUUUACUGAUAGCUCAAGUGUGUAUACACACACACAUACACACACCACUCCUUCUGAUGCCCCAAAGCCAACUCCUGGGGUACCCUCCCCUCUCUUGUUCAGACUUUGUUUAUUAUUCAAGUUUUCUCUGGGGCCUGCAUGGAGGCAGCAGCAUGGGCUUCAUGACCUCAUCAGGUCUUUCCUGAUGAGGAAAGACCUACCCUGGUUCUUUCUGACUCCCAACUCCAGUCUUUCCCACAACCUUAGGCCAUAAGUUUGAAAGAUUCUUUUGUAUUUUUAAGGGUUCCUAUACCAUCUCCUGCCACCCCACACCGAAGUCCUCAAGCAGAAAAGAAAAUGUAUUUGUGCCUUCUGUGAGGGAUAGGGGGACAAGGGAUCCCAGGUGUCCCCAUUUCCCAGCCCCUCACCCUCUCCAGGCCCCCACAGCAAUAAGAACUUCCUCUCUCCCUUAAACUCCCCUCUUAUUUGUAGUUUGGACAAAUAUAUUUAUAUGAUAUGUGUAA